AGAAGAGCGACGCGGAAGUGAGCCGGGCAGUGCUGAAAACACGCGUGUCGUGGAGUUUCUCCGUGGAUCCUCAGAGGAGAUCGGCUCAGGUCUGCGACCAUGGAGGAAGGUCUGGUUCGAGCCCCUAUUCCUCGUGAGCUGGUGGACGUUCUUGGUGUUGAGCCUCAGAGCAGCUUCAAAGCGAAGGCCUUCACCGAGGCGUUCCUGAAGAACAGCAUUCAGCAGCCCAGACGCCAUGACCUGCAGAACAUGCUGAGCCAUAAAGCCGUGAUCCUCGGCUACAGCCGGCCCAAGAAGGAGCGAAGGAAGAGCGCCAAGGCCCGAGGGCUGAACGCACAGCAGAAGAGGGAGCUGAAGGUCUUCCAGAUCAAGCCUGAACACCAGAGAUACGAGCUUUUCCUUCCUCUGCAUGAACUCUGGAGACGGUACAUCAUCGACCUGUGCGGGGGAUUGAAACCAACGAGCAAUCCACAGGUCGUGCAGCAGAAGCUCCUGAAGGCGGAUUUCCACGGAGCCAUCCUCACAGUGGUGCGGUCCAAGUGUCCGUCUUAUGUGGGGACGUCUGGGAUUCUGCUGCAAGAGUUCAAACACGUGUUCAAGAUCAUCACCAGAGACGACAAACUGAAAGUGAUCCCAAAGAGGAACAGCGUGUUUGCAGUGGAGAUCAACGGCUUCGUCUCGCACAUCUACGGCAGCAAGUUUGAGUAUCGAGCCAGCGAACGCGCCGCCAAGAAGUUCAAAGUGAAAGGAACCAUCGACCUGUGAGAGCGUACAGCUGCUGCUCCCACAGGCCGUCGCAGGAACUGCAGCCAGCGACGGCCGGAGUGGUUUUAUAAAUGCGCACACCUCGGCUCCGCUCCAGCUUUACAAAGCUCGAGGAAAAAGUGAGAGCACGGUUUGGACUGAGGUGUCUCACACAAAGCUGCAGGUGAGCGGUCAGAGAGACGACGGCUGUUUACCUCCUAGAGGCCCCCCCCCCAUCUGCUGUUACAUGAACUGUUAUGUAAGCCCUGCAGCUGAUUUGGCGUCAUCAUACCUGUGAGAAGCUGAGCAGUUGUUCACUUUGGUUUUUUCCACUUGAGUGCAGACGCUCCCGCCUGUGCAGAGAGCCGGGAUUAAAGAAAUGGAGCGCUUCCUGUAAACUGAUCCCGGCGUUCCUGCUGCGAGCCGCUCGUCACAUCUGAGUUUUAUAUUUCUGUAACUCCUCACAUUGAGACAAAGUUUUCUUUGUGUUUCAUUUAAACAGAAUAAAAUCAUUG